GUGAAAUGACUGAGACCAGACGAAGUUCUUUAAAUUUCUGGAUAUCAUCCAUAACUCCACCAAGAUCUCCUUCCCUUCAGACAUUUGCAUCGAGAGUGAGUGGUGCUCCGCAACGUGAAUCCCGUAAAUCCUUCUCCUUCUCUCCCCGCCGGUCAGGAUCACCUAUCUGCUCUCUAGAUUGUGCACUUUGUAAAAAUCAGAUUCUGCAGUCCAACUCGCAGUUACUCCAUCCUCCAUUUGGAUCAGGUUGUAAUCCCUCUCCUAGUUCUCCUCUACCUCCACUAUCUCCAGGUCCUACGAGAGCUGAUUCAUCCAAAUCUCUAGCUAAUAGCACAGGAGAUCCUCCUACAAAUGAGUUCUACACCGCUACUCAACUUCUAUCUAUUAUUGAAAGAUGUUGUGAUUCCAGCUACUGUAUCAAACCUGACUUCAAUACACUACGCCAGGCGGUACAGCGGGUAGAGAGUGUGACAGAACGUGGAGUACUGGAGUGCCUGUUGACAAGUAUGGAGGAAUAUACUGAUCAGCUAGAAGCUGAUUAUUUAGAGGAAAAGAUGAAAACAGAACAAUUACUUUAUCAGCUACUACCCAGAUCUGUGGUUGCAAGGUUAGUCGAGGGCCAGGCUUUCAUCGCAGAAACAUUUACCUCGGUCACAAUAUAUUUUAGUGAUAUAGUCGGGUUUACAGCUUUAUCUGCUCAAUCCACUCCACUAGAGAUUGUGGAUUUCCUGAAUGAUUUGUAUACAGUUUUUGAUUCAAUCAUUGACAACUUCGAUGUAUAUAAGGUUGAAACCAUUGGGGAUGCUUAUAUGGUAGCUUCAGGUUUACCAAUUCCUAAUGGCAACAAUCACUCACGUGAGAUAGGCAGGAUGUCCUUGAAACUGCUUGAGGCAGUUCGGAACUUCAAGAUUCAGCAUAGGCCACAGGACUCACUUCGGCUUAGAAUAGGCCUACAUACAGGUACGUGUUGUGCCGGGGUGGUUGGUAUAAAGAUGCCUAGGUACUGCCUGUUCGGAGAUACUGUAAACACUGCGGCUAGGCUUGAAUCUAGCGGAGAACCAAUGAAGAUCCAUAUCAGCUCUGAGACAAAUACUGCAUUGAAGACAUUUGAUUGUUUUGAGACAGUUGAGAGAGGACAAGUGGAGAUGAAGGGGAAAGGAUUGAUCCAAACCUUCUGGUUACUUGGAGAGAAAAGUGUCCAGCCCUACAGGUUACCGGAUGUAAAAGAUAAAAUGAGUAAUCCAACUGUAACAGUUCUCCUAAAUGAUCAGAGCAGACAAAAUUCAGAGGCCGAAAAUUUUGAAUCGAUAUACUUCUCAGAUAAUAGAUCCGUAGAAAAUGAAACAGGAGAGGAAUGUACAGAAGAUGUCGACGAAAAAAACGAAAACUUUUCACUAAAGUCAAAAAAUAUUGAAGACAAUGAAACUGCCAUAACGCACAACCUUGAAGCUGUAUCAGGAAGAAAUGCAGACUUUAAAAAUGAGUGGACUGAUUGUCGUUUAGAAACGAUAAGGGCUGACGUUUUGGAAACCAAUACAACAGUGAAUCAAGAGCAUUCGGAAAAGUGUUGUGCGCCUAAAGAAACAACUAACAUCGAACAAGAAAAUACCAAAGAUAAAACUAAAAUAGAUUCUGAAAAAUACAAACUCAAGGUUUUAGAGAACAGUAAAGUCCAGAACGGCAUUUUCCAACAAAAUGUAGAAGAGUGUAAACAUGUUGAAAGCAGACUAAAAACUCUAUUGUUAAACCCAAAACUAGAAACACCCCUGUAGAAAAUAAACCAGAUUUGAGGCGGAGAAUUGCUAAUUUUAAACAAUUAAUUUUGUUGUUCAAUGUGGAUAUUUUUUAUAUCCAUGCUGGGUGCGAAUUGAGUUAAUUAUCAACCUGCACAACAGUUAAAAACAAAAGUUCAGAAUUCUUUAAGAGUAAAAAAAUGGAAUUCCACAAUGUAUUUUUUAAACAAAAAACAAAAUAUUUUUUGAAAAACUUGGACUUUUUUUGUCUGAACCAAACCUUGACAUCUUCCAAAUGCAAUUUUCCAAAUUGAUUUAUAUCUUGUAGAAGGUGAAGGAAUCUAAUUUAUUUUCUUCCUUAUAUCACUCGUUUUAAGAAACUCAGAGAAAUUGUUCAAAAUAUUAUAAAUUCUUUAUAGUGCUACAUUACAUGCUUUAUAUAUAUAUAUAUAUUUAAAAGUAUUGAUGGAUAUCAGAAAACAGUUUUACAACUAAAAAGAAGCAAGAAUUGCAAAAACAUAUUUUCAUAAAAACUUUAACAAUAUUUAGCCAUAUAUACUGAAUUGUUUACUUAGCCAUAUUUACUGAAUUGUUUAAUUGUACGUAACAUUAUUGUGUAUUGAGAUAUAAGUUUUGGUUUUUAUAAAACCUUUUUUAUUUUAUUGAUGGGGCGAGUUGAAAAUUUCCAGUCAGAAAGCAAAAAAUCUUCGAAAUGUAAAUUUUAAAUUUUUUGAAUUAUAGAAAAUGUUGAACAACAAAAUCUUUAAAUACUAAUUAGUCAGAAUUUAAAAUUUUUCUGUUCAAAUUUUGUUUCAACUUCUUUAUAUAACUGUCGAGUAGUAUUGGGCAAUGAUGACAAUGAUUUUUCAUUUAAAGGGAGUGACUGGCUAGGUAUGGUAAGUGAACUGAGAGUACAGUAUUUUGGAAUUAAUUAAAGGAUUCAUUUUUGAUAUUUAUGAAACGUUUUUACUGGGGGCUUGCUCAUAGAUUCGAUUUUUUAAAUUAUCCAUGACUAAAUCCUGAAUUUUAUUCCAAAAUACUGCACUCUCAGUUUACCUACCAUACCUAGCCAGUCACUCCCUUUAAGACAAGCUGUUGCCAAAAAAAUGAAUCUCUGCACCCAUUUAAAAUUUUAAUAAAUAAUGUGCAGAAUAAUCAAAAUGUGCCAAAUGUAAACAUGUGUAAAAUAGUAUAAAAUUUUUACUUAAAGAAUUUAACCAGUAACCACCCUUGCAUUUUACUUAGAUAGUCAAAAGUCAGACUAAUUAUAAAAAUGCUUGCAUUACAGUUUUAUAACAUUAAUGAUUUUUAUUAAAAAAAUAUAUA